AAUCGCGGCAUUUGAGCGGCUGGAUCCCGACGCAGGAGCAGCGGGCGCGUCCCGUCACCCGGCCGGGCCGGGUGUGCAGGGCGGCUCGUGAGGGGAGAAAGGAACGCCCCAGCUAGGAGCAAGGAGCAGAACCAUAGAGCGCGGCCUCCGCGGAGUGCUAGACAGGCACGUUCUCGGUCCCUUCCAGCCGGCCCGUCUCGGUGCUUGCUGGCAGUAGGGCACGCGCGGCCUUCUCAUUGGCCCGGAAGACACCCGCUCCAGACCCGGAGGCGCAGGCACGGGGCUGCCGGAGUCGAGCGCCGGGAAGCGCUCACCGCUGCUCGGUUAGUGGCCGGCCGGGAGAACCUCACUUCAAAAUACCGAAGAACAUCAAGAGAGACAAAGGGUCAAGUACGUCACUCCACCUUACCUAAGAACAGCAAGACAGUCAUCAGGACAAGAGUGAAUAUAUGAAGGAGGAAGUGGGGGAAUCUGCUGAAGAUGAGGCGACUGAAUCGGAAGAAGACCCUGAAUUUGAUGAAAGAGUUGGAUGCCUUUCCAAAGGUUCCUGAGAGCUAUGUGGAGACUUCAACAAGUGGUGGAACAGUUUCUUUAAUAGCAUUUACAGCUAUGGCUUUAUUAACCGUACUGGAGUUUAUGGUGUAUCGAGACACCUGGAUGAAAUAUGAAUAUGAAGUAGACAAGGAUUUUACUAGUAAAUUAAGAAUCAAUAUAGAUAUUACUGUUGCCAUGAAGUGUCAAUAUGUGGGGGCUGAUGUUUUGGAUUUAGCAGAAACAAUGGUUGUCUCUGCAGAUGGUUUAGUUUAUGAACCGGUAAUAUUUGAUCUUACUCCCCAGCAGAGAGAGUGGCAGAGGAUGCUGCAGUUAAUUCAGAGUAGGCUGCAAGAGGAACACUCCCUUCAAGAUGUGAUAUUCAAAAGUGCUUUUAAAAGUGCUUCAACAGCACUGCCACCAAGGGAGGAUAAUUCGUUACUGCCUCCAGAUGCAUGCAGAAUUCAUGGUCAUCUCUAUGUCAAUAAAGUGGCAGGAAACUUUCACAUAACUGUGGGCAAGGCAAUUCCCCAUCCCCGAGGCCAUGCACACUUGGCAGCCCUUGUGAGCCACGAUUCAUACAACUUCUCUCAUAGAAUAGAUCACUUGUCUUUUGGAGAGCUCAUUCCAGGAAUUAUUAAUCCUUUGGACGGGACAGAAAAAAUUGCAUCAGAUCACAACCAGAUGUUCCAAUAUUUUAUCACAGUCGUGCCAACAAAACUCCAUACGUAUAAAAUUUCAGCAGAAACUCACCAGUUUUCCGUGACAGAAAGGGAAAGAGUGAUUAACCAUGCAGCUGGCAGCCAUGGGGUAUCAGGGAUAUUCAUGAAAUAUGACAUCAGUUCACUUAUGGUGACAGUAACAGAAGAACACAUGCCCUUUUGGCAGUUCUUAGUAAGACUCUGUGGUAUUAUUGGUGGAAUUUUCUCAACUACAGGCAUUUUACAUGGCAUUGGAAGAUUCCUAGUGGAAAUUAUCUGCUGUCGUUUCAAGCUGGGCUUACACAAACCUACACCUGUCCUACUUCCGGAUGGCCAUAUAAACAACCACUUACCUCUAAUUACAGACAACAGUAUGCAUUAGCAUCUCCUUGGGGAAACUUUUUUUUCUUUCUUUCUGCCUGAUACAGAAGACAAUUUUUAUAAUAAAGAAAACAUUGUGCAAUAUGUUGAGACAGUGCUGAUGAGAAGCAAAAAUCAAGCCUUUUCAAAAAAAACAGUCUGUGUAAUUUGUCUCUUUUAAGUGCACAUGGAAUCGAAGGAGGCCAGGAAGCCCUGUGAAGCCAACCUCUUCUUGAGCUAGCAGAAGCAUUACUGAAGAGAGACAAUAUUUGCAGUGAAACUGAGUGUCUUUGCAAAAACUGCCAUCAGCGCUGAAGUGUCAGUGUAGUGAUCUGGAUUCCAGGCCUGCAAAGUCAGGCAAACACCUACGAAAGCUAACACACAUGCAGAAUGCAGAGAGAGCCCCAUGCAGUGUUCAGCUUGCAGGCCAGCAAGCAAGGGUGGCUGUGAUAAUUGUAGUUUAAGAAGCCAGGAUUUCCUGCUAGGUUUUCAGAAAUGAGACAUGAGAUUUUUGUUGUUUUUAUUUUUUAAAUGAGUAGGUAGAGGAGGCUUGGAUACUAUGCUUAUGGAGGUGGGGGGAACUAUUGAAAACCCUGAAAUAGAAGCUGGCUCAGGGACUAAGACCGAGCCAUAGCACUUUCAGCAGUCACUGCCAUUCUCCAGUAGCACCAUUACCUAUCUACAAGAGGAAAAAGUGCUGCAGAGCAGGGAAUAUGGCAUUUCUCUGUGUCUCUUCUCACAGCCGCUUUUUGCCAACAAUCCGAUUCUCUCCGAGUUUCAGCCAAGGAAUCAGGAAUAGUAAGUCACUGUUGAAAAGGUGUUUGACCGGACUCAUAUCUGUUUUCCUAUCCCAGAGCUAAACACAGUCUCCAGAAAGUAGGAAACCACCUCUCUGCUAUGGCUUAGAAAAGAAAUGAAUGUCUUGUGAUUAGGUGGGCCACAACACUGCUUUUCAAGAACAGACAUGUCCUCUACCUGCUGCUGGAACAUAAGCUUUGGCAAAUAAAAAACAGGAGAGUAAGAGGAGGGAGAAGAGAUUGAAGAACAAAUAGCUAAGAACAGCAAAGCAAUUUACUACUAAAUACUGCAGAAGCAAGUAAACUGUCAGCCAGUGAGUCUGCUGGACCACCCAGGGUAUAGUAAAGACAAUCACCAAGGAACAGGUGAUGGCAGAGAAUUUGAAUAAAUUUCUCUGCAGUAUAGGUGAUGAGGAAGAGUUUAAAUUUACACGUCAUGAAAGUUUGGGGCGGCGGGGGGGGAUGGUUGUUGUUUUUUAAGUAAAUGGAGCAUCCUGAGCUUUAUGCUGGAAUACAUUAGUGGAGUUGGUGGCGUUAAGAAACUAAAGAACUAAGUACUGUAGCUGACUACUGACCAAAACAUGUCAUUAAGAAACCCAACUAUUCCACCAGAGAGUACACAGUGUAUAGGCUGAUUUGCAUCACCCUGAUUUUUGUAGAGGUAAUACCUCUCUAAAUUGUGAGAAUUAUGCAGAAGAGCAUUAAAUAAAGAGUGGGAAGGGAAGAACCUGUCCAUAAUUUGUUUGGAUGAUUGAAAAAGUCCCAAGUUUAAGGAAACUAGGUCAUCUGAGGACGGAGGUAAAGUUUUUUUCAUAGAUUUAAACUGACUGAGAUGGGAAAUAAAGGUCUUGGCUACCUUCAGCACGGAAACCAUACACAGUGACUGCAUUAAGUGGCAUGGUGCUUCACGUGUCCUUGCAACCUUGUAGUGUAUCCACACAGUAAUGCCGUUCUUGAUGGAACCAGUCUCGUGCAUUCACAUGAGUCUUAUAUUGCAACUGUGAUACCAGUGCAUUCCAUCAUAUAGUGCCCAGCACCUUUGCUAGGAGCAGGGGCUUUUGGGGUAACUUCCAGAUACGAGGCCCUGCAUUGUGGGAUGGAGUUAGAGGCAGUUGUACCAUUGUAGCUGCCAUGCUUGUUGCUACAUGUCCAUACUGGGGUGAAGCCAUUAUAGUCUGCGCCAACACAUCUGGAUCUGAGCUGAAGGCUUUGUUCCCAGUGUUACAGCUAACUAGCAUUGCAACCACACCUUGGACAGCUGUUCUGUGUGGAUGCGAGAAGGCACACAAGGGUUGCAAGCGUAAGCCAUCUUAUUACAAUGGUUUCUUGUAAUGCUUCAUUGCUUUGUGUAGCUGGGCAAAAGAGUAGGGUUAAGUGUAAGUGUGUGGCUUCCCAGUGAACAAUAUGAAUGCUAGCAUUGUUCAGUAUUAUUCUGGAAGGUAGGUGAGACAGGAAACUAGUGAAGUUGCAUCUUAAAUAUAACUUCUAUUGAAUUACUCAAGUUUAGGGAAGAUUGUGACCAAAGAAACAUAUAAAAUGCAUAUUUGGGCAGUGUGAUGGUUGGUGACAGUCACUAUAAACAAGUGUAAGGAAACACCAUAGGAGGGAAUAUUUAAACCAUUCAGAGAGUCAUUCAUUAUGAAUUUGUUACUUCUUUGUAAGUUCUUCAGCUCCAACUUCCUUCAAGCCAGUGUCUUCAGCUGCUGCCACUCUAGCAGAUUAUUCUCCCUCCUGCUUCUGCUUGCACUGGUUCUGAUGACCAACGUUUUUGUUGGUCUCUGCUGAAUGCUCUCCAGAUUGUCCACAUUUGUUCGUAGUGUAGUGCCCAAAUACUGGAAACGGUACUGCAGCUGACGCCUCACCAGUGCCAAGUACAGCAGGACAAUUACCUCUUGUAUCUUACAUAUUAUACGCCUGUUAAUACACCCCACAACAUAAGCCUUUUCUGCAGUUGCAUCACAUUGUUGACUCAUACUCAGUUUGACACCCACUGUAACCCCCAGAUCCUAUUCAACUGCCUGCUGAGUUAUUUCUCACUUUGCAUUUGUGCAUUUGAUUUUUCCUUCCUAAGUGUAGAACUUUGCACUUGUCUUUAUUUAAAUUCAUUUUAUUCAUUUCAGACCAAUUCUCCAGUUAGUUGUAAUGCCAAGUAAAACAUUCAAGUAUCAUCGUGUCCAAAUUAAACCCACCUCCCAGGUGCUAGAAACCUCCUACAAACACUGGACAUAUACUCCAAGCAUCUGAAAGCCCUCAGAAUGGCUGGUUUUCAGGUGCCCACCACCUGGAAACUGCAUUGUGUUCUAAGAGGUCAGAAGACAGAAUAGUUGAGAAACUGUUAUAACAGCAUUCUAGAAAUUGUGUGUGUGUUGUUCAAAAGUAUGUUAACUCUUGCAGACCAUAGAAGAAAUAAAGGGCAGUAAAAACGACAUUAAGUGGGCAAAGCUUGCAUCAGAAGAAUGAUGAGGGUGGAGAAAAAUUAGCAGCCACAUUUUCCAAAGUAGCCUAAUUGAAAGCUCAAAGGGCCAACUUGGGUUUGACUUUUCAGCAGUGCUGAGCACCUGCAAAUCCCCUGACUUAACUAGUUAGGCUAUGUCUGCGCUACAGCUUAUGUCGGUAUAAUUUAUGUUGCUUAGGGGGGUGAAUAAAUCACCCCUCUGAGCAACGUAAGUGCUGGUGUGGACUGUGCUCUGUCCGUGGGAGUUUCUCCCCUCGACGUUGCUGCUACUGCUGCUCGCGGGAGCUAGAGUCGUUAAGCCAAUGGGAGAGCACUCUCCUGUCACCUUAGAGCACCUACAUUGUAGCUCGCAGCUGCACCACUGUAAGCUCUCUAGUGUCCCUGGAGCCUCAGUGCUGAACAGCCACAGCUCCAACAGAAAUUGGACACGAGGUUGAGUUUCCAGAAAGAAAGGCACCCCAAACCAAAACUUCCUGAAAAUGCUGGUUAGGGCUAUUAAAUGUGGGAAGGCAAAGAGUAAGAUGCAAUAAUGUAGAUAUAUAUUUACUUGUAUACUAUUAUAUUUAUAGCUGUAUAUAAGUACAAUGAAGACCGUUGGGAGACUGUUCAUAUCGUGUAUCGUAAUACAAGAACCAAAGGGCACUUAAAAGGCAAGACAUUUUAACUGGAUUAAUGGAAGAUCGUUAUGUAAGGUAUAGUUAAGUUGAACUCUUUUCAAGGCACUAGGAAGAAUAAAAAAGAGGGACACAUGAAUACAAUCUGCAGUUACGUUAGCUGCAAUAAUUUUUGGGUGGGGGAAACUGAUCAUGAGCUGGGUAAGGAACAAAUUUCUAUUUCUUUCCCCUCCAUGCCCUCGCACAAACUGUGAUAUAAUAUAAUGUAUGUUUCUGACUGUUAAGUUAUCAGAUCCCCUUCCUCAUCUGACAUAGGUAGCUGCCAAAGGCAGGAUGUGAGUCUAGAUGGAAAAAUGAUCUGACCAGGUAUGACAUAUUUCUUAAAGAAAAUACAGAUGAUGUGUCUGUAGGAGAAAUGUAAAGGUCAGAAUUAGGAUGACCAUACCCACGAUCAAAGACAGGCAUGAGUCUCAACAUUCAGGCCCUGAGCAUCCACCCAAUAUUUUAGUGCUUGUUUUUUUUUUAAGGCUGUUGGGAUGCUCGAGCUUUGCUUUUAGAGGUGUUGUGCUUCUUUUUUGACUUUCAUUAAGAUUACUUUAUAACUUAUUUGCACUUGCAGCCUCCUUGCCUUGAAAAGCUUAAUCUGUCCCACUUCUUGGCUUCUAGUGCCAUACCACAUAAGCAAUACCAUGUACCAGCUACCCUUUCUGAGCCCCUCCUGGCUGUGGCUUUUUUCACUUCCUUAUUGUUCAGCCUGGUGGCUGGUUGCCCUUGUUGCAGCUAAAUCGAUACUGAGUCUCACUACUGCUACUACUUUGCUUUCUUCCUUUGCCUCUGUGGCUUCAAAUACAGGGUUGGACUCAGAGGAGGCAAAGUGAAGGGAAUAAUUUGGGUGCAUGGAUAAGAGAGAGAGAAAUUCUGCUUAAGACUCUUUUCUAGAGGAAACAUUAGAGGGGCAUUUACUGCAGUAGAAUUAAGAAAAUCAUCAUCUUGUGUAGAGGGCACUGGUGUGAAAAUCAUCCAAGCGAAACUACCUAAUUUGUGAGUUUAGAUGAGGGUACUUGGGUAGCCCCUUGUAAUGUUGGCGCUCUCUCUCCAAGUAUGUAUGUAUAUAUAUGUGUGAAGCCUAUCCAAGUGGAACUGCUUCUGCAGAUGUGCUCAGUCACAACUGUGAGGCAUUUCAGUCUCAAGAGGUAAUGUUCUUUCUUUUGCUGUAUCCCAGUGGAGGAUUCUCUUUGGAUUUUCAGGCCCUACCUUGACCAUCUGACUCAAAACAACCAACACAUCUCUACCUGGCUGUUAAUUGUCUUUCUAUCUGUUACAGCUAUUUCUGUGGUAUAAACUCAGCUGUGAUCCUUUCUGUAUACUACACCAACUCUGGAGGGGUAGUAGUUGCACUGGAGGACAGGACCAAACUCUCAAGUGUCCUGAAGUGGGGCUGAAAGCAAAGAGGAAAGCUUUGGGACUUACAACAUAUAAGGCUUUACGUUUUGUUUUUUUUUAAGAGGAAAGAGUCAGUACAAGUACAAAGCAAGGGGAUGUAAAAUUGAGCUGUCACAACCAUGGCAUUUAAGUUCCUUCUAAAUAAUUUUUUAACGCAACCAAGCACUGUGGUUGCUUCUUAGAACAGUGGUUCUGAAAUUUUUGUACUGGUGACCCCUUUCACAUAGCAAGCCUCUGAGUGUGACAACCCCCCCAAAUAAAUUAAAAACACUUUUUAAUAUAUUUAACACCAUUGUAAAUGUUGGAGGCAAAGCGGGGUUUGGGGUGGAGGCUGACAGCUUGCAACCCCCCAUGUAAUAACCUUGCAACCCCCUGAGGGGUCCCGACCCUCAGUUUGAGAACCCCUGUCUUAAAAGAUGUGAGAUCAAAAUCGUUUGGGAGGGAAAGUGUCCAGGGAAAGGUUUGUCUCUGCCUUAAAGUACUCCACGGUGUGAAAAUAUUUGAGAACAACUGUACUAUGUGCACCUGGUCUUGCCUUGGUAGUUUAUUCCAUAUGUUAAUUUUUUAUGUAAUGACCUUUCCAUCAAAAUUCAUUUAGUGCUGGCUCCUGCCCUGGUAUUGGGGCCCUGGGAGUAGUUCGGUAUUUUGACAAAACGUCCUUGCACAUCUGUAUUCUACACCCCCCACCCACCCUUAAAAACACUUUGUGCAUUUUGAAGGAACUCCACUUGCCCUGCAAGAAGUCUAGCAUUAUGGCACUUGGCCUUUGGCUUCAGCAGGGGUCAGUGGGGCUCCUGAGUUAGUCAAUGAUGCCAUUUUGUUCAGCAGGACUGGUUAGUUGCUCCUUCUCUUUUCAACCCUGUGGCUCAGUGCUCUGUGUGCAUAGAAUUCCCAGCUCCUGUUGGCCAAGGUGGCAGAUUAUUCUCUUUCAGUGAGGUCUUUUCUCACUCCUGUCAGGUGGUGUGUCUAAUCUUAAAUUCUUUGAGAUGACUACAGUGAGUGGUCUUUGCUGUUUGAAUACAAGAAUCUGCUCUGUGGGCAGCAAUGGCUGACAACGGAAGAAUUGUUUUCUUAACCAAGGAGGGAGCUAACCCACAGCUUUGGCUCUUUGUACACCUUGUCUUUUUCACUGGCACCAUUUCAUUCCAGACUCAACACCUGAGGAGCAUGUUAAGAAUUGUGAGUAGGGUAGACCAGUGGCUCUCAACCAUUCCAUUCUACUGUACCCCUUUCAGGAGUCUGUCGUGUGUACCCCAAGUUUCACCUCACUUAAAAACUACUUGCUUACAAAAUCAGACAUAAAAAUACAGAAGUGUCACAGCACACUGUUCCAGAAAAAUUGUUUAUUUCUCAUUUUUACCAUAUAAUUAUAAAAUAAAUCAAUUGGAAUAUAAAUAUCAUACUUACAUUUCAGUGUAUGGUAUCCGGAGCAGUAUAAACAAGUCAUUGUCUGUGUGAAAUUUUAGUUUGUACUGACUUCACUAGUGCUUUUUAUGUAGCCUGUUGUAAAACUAGGCAAAUAUCUCUAGAUGAGUUGAUGUACUCCCUGGAAGACCUCUGCAUACCCCCAGGGGUAUGUGUACCUCUGGUUGAGAACCACUGGUGUGGAGGGCCACAGUAGGUUGACGUAAAGGAUAAUUACGUAACACAUUUGUUAAACCUACUUGCACAGCAGCUCCAACACACAACCAAUGCACCUCUGUGCUGAGAGCGUUGGCCAGUGCUCUGCAAGGCUGGGGGAAUGGAAUGUCUUUCUAGGUGCCCGAAUGUAAGUCUCAGGGUAAAUAAAAAUGUAAUUGUGCCUGCCUAAUGCAUUGCCUGUCCAGGGUUGAAAGCCUGCCAGGUGGGGUUAUUUUAUAGUGCAGCCACAUCACUGCUCUAUUAUUUUUUGUAUGUUAUAUAAUGUAUGAGGCAGUCUGAGAUAGAGGAAAAAACUCCAGAAGUCUUAUUCUCUGUUUGCUCAUUGGAAUGACUCUGAUCUCUUUUCAGAGUAGCAGCCGUGUUAGUCUGUAUCCGCAAAAAGAAAAGGAGGACUUGUGGCACCUUAGAGACUAACCAAUUUAUUUGAGCAUAAGCUUUCCACUGAAUGCAUCCGAUGAAGUGAGCUGUAGCUCACGAAAGCUUAUGCUCAAAUAAAUUGGUUAGUCUCUAAGGUGCCACAAGUACUCCUUUUCUUUUUGUGAUCUCUGUUGCUGGGAAGAGGUAGGGCUGAAAUUCCGCACAGAGCUCCCGGCAGGUGGGUAUUAUAUACCGGAAUUAAAUUGGUGGGGAGGGGUGUUUUUUUGUUUUUUUUUGUUUUUUUUCCUUCAGCAGCCCUUUUGGGAUCUUUGUUUGAGAGUCUGAAACAGUGCAAAUGGGUUAAGGUCCAAACUUUGUUUUCACAUUUUUAUUGAUGGAUGCUUUUUGUGAAUAAGAGGGACUUUUUUCCCCAUUCCAUUAUCCCAACCUUGUACUCACACAUUCUCAGUAACCAGCUGAGUGAUGUUUUGUACGAUGACACUGUGCAGCAAAUUGCUGCAUUUCCCAGGACACCUGUAACCUAAUAUUUGAAUAGUUUAUGUGUUUAUCAGAAAAUUGCAGGCCACAUGCUUCAUUACAGCCUUCUCGUUGACCUCUCACAGGAGGAAGAGAAGGAUUGUGAGGAGAGAAGGAAAGUAGCCUAGUCUAAGCCACAGUAUGAGCAUCGCUCUGAUGAUGGGCUCAAUGAUUUGGGACAAGUAACUCCCCCUCUCUGCCUCAGUUUCCCCAUCUGUACAAUGGGGACAAUGAUACUGACCUACCUCACAGGGCUGUUGUGAGGAUUGAUUAGAUGUUUGUAAAGCACUUGGAGAGUGGAAGCACUACAAAUGCUGUGGAAUUGUUAGAUUUUGGUGAAAGUGUGUGUGGCCAAGUAUUUGUGUUCCCUUGUUCUCGGACACCUGGGCAGACUCUGUUGCGGAGCUGCCAUUUGCCUGGUGCUAGAUGGGACUGGCAGUUACUGUCAACUUAAUUUUCACAGAUUUUUUUUUUUUUUCAAAUCUGCAAAUGCAAAGGAAAUGUACAAUGACCAUUCCCAGUUCCACGGUAUUAUCAGUAUUAUACACAAACAGUGCUCUGUGGAAAUGUGCCCUUUUAUCACACUUUCCAAAAACAGAAGCUGAUGAUAUUUCUGUACCAGAAUUUUAAGUCCAUCUCCUUGGGUAUUUCUGGCUAGAGUAACCUAGCAAGAAAACUGUGUUUUGAAGUCAUCACUCGUAUUGUAACAACAUUUUUAGGGUGUCGGUCCAGGAAAUAAAAGAUUUGCAGGUGUGA